AUCGCGUUCUAUUUCUCGCCCCUUUCACUUUCACUAUCUUCCCCCUUCCUCAAUCUCAUCCAUCCUCUCGCUCUUCCCAUCGGCCGCCUUGUAUAGCGCGCUACAAUGGCUUCAUACCCCUCCUAUCAGCGCCAAAAUGGCGGUGGGCAUGCCGAUGACUACUAUCAGAGGUACCACGACCGUGAGGCAAGCCCGUAUGCAGCAUCCAAUGCGUAUCCUCCGCAAUCCUCACUCCUCUCACCCGCCAACAAUGCCACCUCUACCCAGGCCAAUGGCGGGUUGCAGCGCGGCCCUACUGUCACUACGACGAACACGCAAGCGUCACACAACCGAAGAGACGACACACGUAGCGCAUAUACGGGCGCAGCCUCGACUACAAACACACGCCCCUCGGCCACAUCAAGGGGCAUCGGUUCAGCUCUACGCACCCCCCGCCGAACUCUCGGAUCAGGUAUCAUCCCAUCCUUCUCCUCCGGCCUCUUUCUUGCCGUCGUCGUAGUCGAGGCAGCGGCCAUCAUCGGCCUGGUCGUGAGCGUCUUUGGCAUCGUCGAGGUACGAACCAAGAUCCUCACCCAGGAUGCAAAGACGGUCCCCGUCUUUUUGGCAUUGUUUGUGUUCGGAGCCUUGUUCUUCGUGGUGAUUGCGCUUGACGCAUUCAGGCUGCACAACACCAUCCAAAUCGUCGGAUGCGUCAUCUACAAUAUCGCGCUGCUAAUUACGGCGAGCCUGGAAGUCUCCCAAGUCCGGGCCGCUUUUGCCAAUCAAGAUCGAUAUGGCACUGGCGUGCCAUGCCCCUUCAACGAGCGCCGCAGGUGUGGAGCGGUCGACACCCUCUACCCUGCCGUGCGACCGCAACUCAUCGCCACGCCCAUCAUCAUUGGAGUCGCCCAGAUCCCGCUCACGCUGUUGAGCUUCAGGCUCUGGCAGGAUUUUGGAUGGGAGGUGUACAAGAAGAUUGGAGCGGAUGUGAUCAAGAGAAGGAUGAUGCUCGUCUACCAGAUCUUUGUGUGCUUCCUCAAGUUCGACUUCUUCUUUGGAAGCGCUUUCUGCAUCGCCUUCCUCAUCCUCGUAUCCGAUCGCGGCGAUUAUGAGUUUGGUCUGACAAUAGCCGCCCUACCAAUCGCCCUCGUCAUCCUCUUCCUCAGCGCCUUCGCCGUCCGCAAGGAGAUCUACAGCUUGAUGACUCUCUGCAUCAUCGCUAUGGCGGCCGGCAUGGUUUAUUACAUUUGGAAGCUGACCCGAAUUUUCAGCUCAGAGACGGAGCAACAAUAUCGCACUGUGCGGCUCACGCUCACAUUCUUCAGCAUCUUCUCAAUCGUAUCGCUUGGAGCGACGAUCGCACUGGCCAUCUGGUGCACGAUCAACUUUGGUAAGGGGCUGAGGGAGGCGCACGAGAGCAUGGGAGGGAUCAUCCCUGCGCUUGAUGCCAAGAUUCGAGGCGGAGGCAACCGCAGCGAGGUAGCGAGUAAGCCGUUUGGUAUCGAGUACGACGAUGAUGCUGGAACAGGUGACCCGGCAGAGAGGCAGAGGCUGGGAGGAGAGAGCGCGUCAAGCUCCCCCGAGGCGUACUCUGCUGGUCAUUAUGGGGCGGGGAUGAAGCAGCAGCAGCAGCAGCGUCCAAUCGACGAGGAGGACGAAGAUCAAGAAUCUGCGUAUCCGAACUACAAUACCAAGGUGAUGCAGGCGAAUACUGGGCGAUACCACACCCCGCAGCACCAGAAGCAGCAGCAGCUCGGUGGCUUCACAUCGCCGCCUGUCGGUCCCCAGAGGAGGGUGUCGCUAGAUUAACCAGCCCGCUAGCCGGAGUCAGUCUGGUCCACAGGAGACGUUGCGCUUGUUACCACUGUCAUCUUGCUUUCUCACAAGACGAAAGACGAGAGGAAUGAAUACCUUUGAUACCAUUGCGCCAGCCCAACUGUGAUCGUGGAGACGAGCCUCUCGACCUUGUUGCGGCUCGUUGCUCAACCUAGUCGUAGCCAACCUCAACGUCUGCCAG